AGCCCCGCCUCUGGGCCUAGCAGGAGGUGAGGGGAAAGAAGGAGGAAGAGGCGGCGUUGGUGGAUGAACCAUGGCGGCUUCCAGCAGCAGUAGCAGCAGCUCCCGCCGGGCGGAUAAUGGCCUUGGGGGCGGCGGGGGGCAGCAGCAGCAGCAACAAACGGCAGGCUCCCGUCGACGGAAAGGGCCCGGCGCCUUGGCCACGGCCUACUUGGUCCUCUACAACGUUGUCAUGACAGCAGGUUGGCUUGUUAUAGCUGUUGGAUUAGUCAGAGCAUACAUCGCCAAAGGUAGCUACCACAAUCUAUAUUAUUCAAUAGAAAAGCCUCUGAAAUUCUUCCAGACUGGAGCUUUACUUGAGAUCCUGCACUGUGCAAUAGGGAUUGUUCCUUCUUCUGUUGUACUGACUGCUUUCCAGGUGAUGUCAAGGGUUUUUCUGACUUGGGCUGUAACCCAUAGUGUAAAAGAGGUUCAAACUGAAGACAGUGUCCUCCUCUUCGUUAUUGCCUGGACGGUUACAGAGAUUAUCCGUUACUCCUUUUAUACAUUCAGCUUAUUAAACCAUCUCCCUUAUCUCAUCAAAUGGGCCAGGUACACCUUGUUCAUCGUGCUCUAUCCAAUGGGAGUUUCAGGAGAAUUGCUCACAAUAUAUGCUGCUCUUCCCUACGUUAGGCAAUCUGGUUUAUAUUCCAUUAGUUUACCUAACAAAUACAAUUUCUCAUUUGACUACUAUACAUUUUUGAUCCUGACUAUGAUAUCUUAUAUUCCAAUCUUCCCUCAGCUGUAUUUUCAUAUGCUACACCAGAGAAGAAAAGUCCUUUCCCUCACUGAAGAGCACAAAAAAUCUGAGUAAUUCCAGCUUUUGUACAAAGCUAUGUGUGUGCAUGGAUACAUGCUUUCAUGCACACAUAAUCCAAGAAAGCUUUCAGAAGUUUAUAAACAAUAUAGAGUAUUAAAAUGAAAAUCAAAAUAAAUGUUUUGGUUAAGUAUUACAUAUCUUUCAGAACUAGUAAUUUUUCAACAAAAUUUCAGCAUGUUCUUUUAAAAUGCAACUUAUUAUCAUUCUUUUGCUUUCCGGUUAUUUGCUUUGGGGGGGAAAAAACUCCUAUUGCAAUGUGAGUUCCUUGAUUGGUUUGAGGGAUAAAGUGUAUGUGGUGCUUGAUCAGGGAUUAUUUUAUCAAUUAAUGGCUUGUGUGCAUGUCACCUUCUUAUGUACAUUAUUGUAACAGUAUUUAUCUGGAAUGCUUUUUACAACUGGUCUAGACCUGAUAACAAACAGAUUUAUGAAGUCCCACAAAAGACUGUACGGACUUCAGGUCUAGAUGGGCUUGUUCUCCUUGGAAUUCAGACCUGCAAAGAAAGACUUGCAGUGCAUUGAUUGCAGCAGUUAGCUGGUCACAUAAUCUGCACAAUUGAUAUUUUUUAAAGAGUGGGGCCUUAAAAUAAUCCAGAGUUGCAUAACUGUGUUUGAAAGGUGCAACCUAUACCUCAAACUGUUGUUCUCCUGCUGUUCUUGAAUGCUCCUCUUACAGGUUUUUUUUUUACUCGACACCUAAUUUUAUUGAAAUGUACACAGUAUACGUAAUUUAUAAUGGACAUUAUUUAAUAUAGGACUAAUUAUUUCCAAAAAUUAUUAGAGAUGAAAAUAUAUGACAUUAAUGUUUAUCAUCUAGAAAUGUUCUCUAAUUUAAAACAGGCUUUUUAGAGUUUAAAGUUUAAAAUGUUUUUUUAACAGGGUUACUAAUUUUGUGCCUAAACGCACAGUGAAUAUUGGUCAGUCCAGUUUGCUGCAAAGCUUUCUCAUUCCGACAAUGGCAUUUUUAUAACUUAACCAGAUGGGAAAUGUUGGUUUUGAAUGUUUUUUUAUUAAACAAUCUGUUUAGGACAGUCUGGUUCAAAAUGCUAAUUGUUACGUGCCGCCUUGUUUACUUGCUGUAUGGAAAGGAAUAUAUGACUUCUUAAAAUGGCCAAGUUUUCUUUCUGCCUGAACAGAAUGAAUCCUUAAUUAUUAGCCCAAACAACGCCUAAAGAAGAGAAAUAGAAAUUUAAUUUAAUUUAAUUUAAUGAUUGUGGAAUACAAUGGGAAAACAUCAUUAAGUUUUCUAAUGUAUUGGUCACCUAUGUGUAUUAGUAAAUCAUAAACUUUAUUGCAUUUACAUGAGACCUUUAUUCAAAAUUAUUAGAGUAAUCUUUAAAAGUGACAUCCAUCCUGUUUCUCAUAUAUUCCGUGACACCAAUUCUUAUAACCCACACUGUCAUACUUUACCUUAUCUGUAAAUUUCUUACAGUGAACUCCAUUAUUUCUUCCCAUUCUGAUCAUAUAUAUUAUUAAAAGAAUGUAACCCUUUAUGCCUCCAUAGUAACACAUCAGCAAGCCUCAGCUUAUAUUGGAUAGUCCAAAAAUGUCUGGAAAGUGCAUGUGCCACAUCCACAUGGUCAUGAAGGAAAACUAUUGUUCACUGAAUGUACAUGUUGUCCCCAAGAAUUAAUCUUGCCUGGGAUGCUAAUGGGACCUUCUGCCUUUCAAGGGCAUGAUGCUUAGAGGUUGAGUAUGAAGCCUAACAGCCCAUAGAGCAAAGAAAUGCUUUAAUACCACAGAAAGAAUUGCGGCAUUCUCUACUUUCAGUUCACCAUGCUAGCUCGGGUCAAGAUGUCCAGGAAUGGCAUCUCGAUGUAUCUUGAUUUGCAGCACAGUAAAGAUAUGUAAUAUAGAUGAACUGAUUGUCAAUGACAGGGCAAGUCAGCACAUACUGUACCAAUGUCAUCAAAGUCAUACCUGUAAGUUGCCUGUACAAUGUAGGCAAUUUCCCACAAUUACCAAUUUGUUUUUGUAAUUUUUGUACACAUCUGAUACAAGAUUCCACAAGCCUUUGCUCCUUUCUUUUAGUCCUGUGAUAUGGUCAAGAAUUCUUUGCACUGCACAAAGAAAAAGGGGUAUCCUUGCCAGAUGCCAAGCAACGCAAUUCUAAAAGUUGUGAUUUACAGUGGUGUGGGCACAUCAGAACAAAAAGAGAGGAAAGUAUAACCUAAUGAAUACCAAUAGAAAUUGACCAAUAAAAGCAAAUCUAUCAAUUUGUGAAUUUAUAGAAUUAUCAAAUAAUUUUAAAAGAUACUACAGUAAAUCCACAUACAAAUAUAUCAAUACAAUAUAAUUCACACUUCUUAAGGGAGUCAUUUAGACUGAGGUUCUUAGAAGGAGUGAGGAGGGGAAUUAUAUUUCAGCUCUUCAUUUGUUAAAAAACCAUUUGGAUACUCUUUCGGUGGCAGUGUAUAUUCUCAAGUUAUCAAAAUUCUUCUUCAGCCAUGAAACAAAUAAACAUUAUAAUCAUUAUGACCUUGAAAACAUAACUAUACACAUAGAAUAUAACUCAAUAAUGUACAUUACUUGCUAACCUUAAAGGGAUGAAUAUGUACACAGUACAUAACUGGUAUCCCUCCUUCACUCCUCACAGCCUGUUAACAUGCAAAAGCAGAAAUGUUGUAUUUUCUUCCAGCUUCUCUCAUCUGUUCUAAAUUAUUAUAGUGCCUUGGAAGACGGCUGUAGUCCUGUGUAAUUUGUAAUUCAACAUCAAAAAGUGCUCCCGUUUGUAUUACUAAAACCAAUGAAAACUUUUGAUGCUAUCAACAAAAUACAAUGAUGAUGCACUAAUGAAAACAUUUUUUAAAAAAUCAAUAGUAACAAACAUUUUACAUGAACAGAUUAAAUGCUCUGGCAUGAAACUCAGGCUGUUACAAUUUUCCUCCUAUUGGAUAGCAUUCCAUUCUCAAUUAUACAACACCAACACUAAGAGGUGAUAAAUAAAAUUGCCCUGAAAAGAAACAAAAGCACUUAAAGAUUAUCCUAACUAAAAGCUUUUAACACAGUCUAUCCUAACCUGAGGCGAUUAAGGGAUUGAGUUGAUCAUUUAGUAUGUCUCUCUUAUUCUUUAUAGCCUGUAUUUUUGGCCAUAAUUCUCUCCAAAUUGCACCAAAUCCACAUAUCUUUUUCAUCGUAUUGAAAAUCAUUUUUUUGCUAGUAGUGCAUGCAUUCUUUGAUUUUCUACACUUUUUAUUUUCAAUGAACCUUAUCCUUAUUUUUCUCAUAGUCCUAUCUACAUACAUCAAUUUCCAUGGACAUUGUAUGAUAUAUGUAAUUCCUUGUGAAUUGCAGGUGAUAUUCCUUACUGUUUAAUGUUCCUUAAAAUUUUUCAUCUUUUGCCAAGGCAAACACUGCAGUUUCCACUUGGAAUAUUGUCCCAUAAGUCGAUUUCUUUCUACUAUGAUGUGGGUAGGUCUUGUAGAAAAUCUAAUUUUGCUAUGUGCUAGCAUUUCCCUCGGAUUCUGAACCACAAGGCAGCCCUUCUGCACCUACAUCUUGUAAGGGCUUCAGGUAUGCCAGGAGCUGUACUAGGGUGUUGCUUACGAUCAGCACACCUCCUUUGGCUGGUUGGGAGUAGAAACUACAGAAGUCUUACCUGCCUUACUGGUGAUGAAGCAACUCCAAUCAGCACAACCGUUAUUCCAAAUCAACCCGAAUUUUCUACUGAUGCUCCUCAAUGCUGCUUUAUAUAGCAACAAAGAUUUUUUUUAUGUGUGAUGCAGAGGUGCGGCCCAUCCUAUUUCCCAUGUAUACCUAUGCACUUGCAUGGCAUUGUAUACAAGCAGUUAUCAAUUGCAUAUGCUUGACUUAGUUCUAGCUUUCUUUGCAAUUAGGUCUCUCGAUUCAUAGCAACAACACCUUGUAUAACAAUAAUUUUGAGAGUAUUUUGCAAGCAGCUUUCCAAUCCUCCUGGAACUAUGCAAGAAAUAUACUGUAUAAAAUAUUAAUCUGACUCCAGAAGUUGCCAGGGUGAAACAAGCCUCAGCUGCCUCCUUUUAUCCCUGUGAUUUCAGUAAGAUUUCUUAAUGUAUGAGCUUCUGCCCUGAGUUAAAUUGCUAAAUUUCACUUAAAGCACUCAAAAUCUGAAAAAAAUGAGAGUCAACACUAUUCAGUGACAACUUUAAUAAUAGUCUUUUUUGCAGUUUUGAAAAGUUAUGAAGUUUGAAUAAACGGAGAAAAGCUUUCUAUAUUUGCACAAAGCACUCAUCAUAUUAUCCAUCAGGGUUUUUAAAAAAACAUGUUUCCAUCAAAUAAACACUGGAUUCUUUUCUCUACAUGACCCUGCAGUACUGUGGGUUAAAGCUCUGCCCUACUCCUACAUCAGUGGUUCUCAACCUGUGGGUCCCCAGGUGUUUGGGCCUACACCUCUCAGAAAUCCCAACCAGCUUACCAGCUGUUAGGAUUUAUGGAAGUUGAAGGCCCAAACAUCUGGGAACCCACAGGUUCAGAACCACUAGUCUACAAUGUCUUUGCAGUCUACCACUAACCUAUUCUAUUUCUCUACCAUGAUGCAGAAAAAUCUGGAUCAUCUGAUCCAGAUUCUGAUGAGAUUGCACUUUUGAGGCUGAUGGUUACUUACAUAUAUGGAGAAGCAUGCAGUGCAAAGAUUGAGAAAAGUACUUCCAGUAUAUAUGUUUGAUCUGCAAUUACAUGCAGACUUAUCUUGAGAGGCAAAACCAUUUUGUGAUUCUAUGCAGCUCCUGCUGGUUGGAAUUCAUUUUAUAGAGGAGUUGCCCUCUAUAAUUUCCAGCAAUGGCAUGAGGAUCUCUGUCCUGUUGCUUUCUUCUAUUGUGCUUGCCAUUACACUCAAAUACUCAGCCCCUAAAGUUCUGUUGUUACAUGACUAGGAUCAUCAGCUGAACAGUUGGAAGGAAUUAUGCGAUACGACUAUCUACAUAGCCUUCACUUGCAAGCAUUGCAACAGUGCUUUGACAUGAACCAAGGGGGAAAUCCCUCAGGCUGUUCUGUGACAUACAGUUUCCAUCUAUUUGUUGGCAUAAUUGCAUGGAAUUUGGUGGUUGGUUGGUUUAUUAUCACAUUUUUCAUUGUUACUUUUAUCUCAUUUUAAACCAAGAGAAGCUUGGUUAACUACCUGUGAUUGUUCUCUGAUUUAAUCUUUAUUAUGUCUUUAGUUAUUGUUCACUCAGAAUUUGGUCCAUUUAACUUAUCUUUGAAUUGUAAUGCUGUUAUAUUCUUUGCUCGUGGUAGUGUUAGGUUCUAGAUGUUCCAUGGCAACACCAUAAACUUGGGAAGGGUUUGGACUUAGUUCCCUCUAUAUUUUGAAAUAUGAAUGUGAGACCCCUGAGACCAUGUAGCCACUGUUUUCUCUCUUCCAUUUCUCAUUAACUCCAGUGAUUCAAGGAUAUUAUCAAAAAUUCAUCAGAUUUCGAAAUAGGGAGACAGUCUUGCUUAUGACAAUGCAUUUACCAGGUGCUGUUUUUUUGGCUAGCUUUCAAAGGUAGAAAUCUUACAUUGCAAUUUAAAGUUUAACUUGAAAAUAUGGGAUACAUCAUUUUUUUAAAAAAAAAUCUCGGUGGAAAUCAUGGACCUCCAUGUAAAUAUGUGUUUCUUGGAAAAGAUGUGGCCCACAUUUCAACACAAGAAACUGGCAAAGCAUUGCAUCUCUUAAAUUUAAAAUGAAACCAUUUGUUUUCCACUUUCUUCUGUUGUUUUUAUUUCCCGGCAAUAACCAGAAAAAUUUGGAAAAGAUAGUGUGAAAGGCUGCUGCUAACACUGUAAUAUUUGCCCCUUUUGGAAUUGUGUUGUGGGAGAAAUCCGGUUAAAGCUGCCAACCCCUUAACUGACUCAGGACAGGACAUUUAAAGCCAUACAUCCUUCUUGCUGCAUUAGAAAUUGGCAGUGUAGAGAGAGAGUCAAAGUAGAAAUAGGACUGGUCUGCAUCACCCUAAAAUCGUGGCUGAGUGCCUCCCCCGCCCCCCAAACGCACAUUGUGUAUUUUACCAUCUUCCAAUUUUCAGAUUCACUGAAGAGCCUUUAUCAUGCUUAAAAAGGGAAAUUACAGUAACUGUUGACAUAUUUACUCUGGCUAAAUUGUAAGAAUUGUCCAGGAGAAACUUUACCAAUAGAGGUCAGAUUAAAUAUAUCAACGGUUGUACCAUGCGUAGAUGGCCAGAAAUACUGAGGUAUAUGCAUCCAGUGACUGUGGAAAGGUUGGUCAGCAGUCAUUUGAACAUUUGUCUUAGAAUAUUGUUGUUAGACAAACUGGUUAGCAGUCACUUGCAGGAAAUAAGUGAAAGCAACUCUGGGAGUAAUGUAGGCUGAUGGGCUGCAACCCCCACCCCCUGCCCGAGGCUAUUAUGGUUUUCUAAGACCUAUAUUAAGUCAUUUAACGGUUGACAUUUGAGGUUUUAGGCACCAAUUCCACAUGCCUGAAUGCUGUGCAUAUGUUCCAGUAAUUCAUGAAUAGGUGCUGCAAAGUGAGCUACAGUUUUAGCAGAGUUGUCAUCCAGUUCAAAAAGCUGCAAACAACUCCUUGGAAAAAUUUUGGUCUCUCUUUUUUACUAGGCUCUUUCAACCAAAUUCACAUUAUCCCAGAUGGCUUUUAAUUUUUAAAAAAUUAUAUGAUCUGCAUUUAACAUAUGAUUUGUUCCUAAUAUAUACAUUAUCUACAAUCUAGUUUUGGACUGCAGAUAAUGUAGUUCAGAAUUAGUUUUGGAACUUUGUUGUAUGACGUAUCUUAAUCUUCAUACCAAAACGUUAUAACUGACAACCGUUGAUCUUUCCAAGAAUCUGGAAUAAAACAUAAAACUUUGUGUCAGAUACCAACAAGUUAUGCAUAGGUUUCCACUUCCGGCUGGCUACUAGAACUGGAAUGGUUUAUUGACCAUUAAAAGUACUUUAUCAUUGCCUUAGAUUGAAACAUCUCAGGCUAUCUGAUAUGAGGGAAUUAAUGUGCCAGUAACAUAUUUAUAUCCAUUGGUAGCCAUGCUUUCUGUCCUGGAAGAUCUACACCAAUUGGCAGCCGGUGGUUUAUGGAUCAACACUGGCCAGGGACCCCACUACUUUGAAUUGCACUGACUUACACAAUUGAGGAGCACAAGGCAGGGCAGUAGGGAAGGAAAAGCCUGAAAUUGCUGCUGUUGCACUGCAACAUCUCGAUGCGGCUGAGCAAACAAAGGCCAUUUUUUUUUUGGUGGGUCAAUGAAUACAAUGUGCAUGCCUAGCUGAUUUUCUUGUGCACGUAGAUUGUUUCCCAGCUCAUUUAAUGAAAGGGCAGCCCUGUAGACAGGGUGGUUGUGUGUUCAUCAAAGCUUUGUGGGGUGUUUGGUGCAUAUCUUAUAUUGUUUGUGACAUGAGAGACUUAGUCCUGCCAAUUGCUUAAUUAUUUUUAACCCAGCAUUCACUGUACAUUUCUCUGCAAAGACAGAUAUGUCAUUAUUAAUGGAUCCAAACAUGUAAAUAAGCUUUUUAAAAUGUUAAAACACCCACAAUUGUGAUAAAAUCUAUACAAUUUUAUUUCUAUUCAUAACAUGGCUACGGCAAUUACUUGAAUCCCCCUCCAAUCUACUUAUUCUCUGUUCCUAUUAAGAUACUCUUUAGAGUCUGGAUUACUGCUACAACAUUGGCAUUUGUAAAGUGUUGGUUUCUCUGUGAUCAAGAAUGAACAGUAUUUGAAGUAUACUUUAACAAGUAGUUCUUAGAGCUUGGUUGGUCAAUUUUUUCGUGGUAGCAUAGAAAAUUCCUUAUAUACUGAUUGUCAUCUUCUGCAUGUAUGAGAAAGUGACAAGAAAAGCUAUCCUUGCAUAAGCCAUGUUCGUGUUCUGUGAUGUUACUGAUGGCAACAUUUAAGAGCUUCUGGUUUGUUAAUGUUAGUUUCGUCUUGGUCUGAGAUUAUUUUUCACUUGAGAUGGAAGAGAGUGCUUGAUUGGAGAAAAACCAUGGUGAGGGAAAGGAGUUUUGAGAUCUAUUAAUUAUUGCAAAACUAGCAAAAGUUCCCAGCUUCUCGUGUGUUGGAGUUGCCCUUAUAGUGUGAUAUAUUAAAGACUUCAGGCAGUGUUACAGCAUUGAGAAAGUUGAAGAUUUUAUAUCUUUCUGCUGUGAGUGAAAUAAUGUGAAAUAAGUGACGUGCUUCAUAUUCUGGAUGAAGCUUUUAAACUCUGUCAUCUGCUCUGUUGUAGCAGUUGCUCAUGCCAAGCUUUUAUUGGCAGUUCUGUUUUGUUUUUUUUGUUUUGAAAACCAGACUAUUUUUUUGUAAUCUGACUUUUCUACUUUUUAAAAAGAGGACUCAUUGUCCUGAAUAUAUAUAUUGUCCUGAAUAUAUAUAUGUAAUGCUUAUGAAAACUACCAUCUAGAACUGAAGAUAGUAUUGUAGGCUGUGUGUACCUUCCUAUUAAUUAGUUUGCCACCAAUUGAUUUAAAUGGUACUGCUGGCUACAGGUAGAUUUAAGCUGGAUUACAUUAACCCUAAGACAACAAUAGAGUACAUACUUGUAGGGCCCAUUAAUAUCCAUGACAAGUUUGAUGUGUCUACUUAACAGCUUAACAGACUUGAAGCUAUCAUAGAGAUACAUACAUGUUAUCUUUUAAUUCCAUAGAUAAAUGAGAGAUUAUGAUCAAUGUGAAUGCUUUCUUGAAUAGCUUCAUUAAAUGAAGUUUGCAUCUGUGUGUGUGUGGGCAAGAUUACAAAGUUAUUACAUUUCAGUUAAUAUGUUAAUUGAUAUAUAACUGGAUUUUUAUGCAUAUUCAUGUGCUGGAAUUUGAUAAAAUUGUAGUAUUUUGUAAUUUUUCUAUGUUGUGAAUACAAUUGUAAUUUUAUAGAUGAUUUACAAUAAUGUAAAUGUUUUCAUAUAUUGGCUGGAGUUCUAAAAGACAACUUUUUAUGCAUGUUUGGAAGAUAUUCCUAUCUGAUAUAUAGUGAAAUGGUUUGCUGAAUAAUCCCAUCACACAAACACCCACAAGCAAAUCAGUUGUGUCUGCCUGGAUUUGGAGUAUUGAGAAGUGGUAUCAAAGCACUGAAGUCUUCAAAAUGUUCUUAAUGAACCUGGACUGCAGUAAUAUAUUAGUACUAUUAAUUUGUAUGGAUGUGUGUUUGCUUCAAUUCCAUUAUCAAUAAAACAUUAUUUCCUUGUG